AUGUCGGCUACCACCCCCCGCUUCUGGUCCACGCCCCUCAAGUACUGCCGCUGGGCAGCCCGGGAGCGCCCAGCUCUCUUUUUCUCCGUCGUUAUUGGUGCCCUGGGCCCCGUCACUUUGGCCACUGUCCCUCCUCUGCGCCGGUUGAUUGGCGACGUGGAUGCUGCCCCUAUCCCACUCACCUAUCCCAUUCCUCCUGGCCCGCGUAAGCAGCUGAAAGGGUAUGAUGACGAUACAGAAGACAAUUAA